GAGCACUCCUAACCUAUUCUCCAAACAGAAAUUACCUAACCAUCUCAAAUCACUCUUAUGAAAUUUAACUGCACAAUGACAAUCAUCAAUAACGAAAGCCAAUAAUCCAAGAUCACUAACGACUCAAAAUAAAGCCACGUGGGUCACCUUCAGAUACAAAUCAGAAAAUGGAGGUAACUGUGAUAUAUUUUUAACUGAUCUCUAAUUAUUCUCUGCCGAGUGCAAAUUCGAGGAGGAUUCUAUGAAGACGUUCCGGAGGAAGGGAACAUAACGAUGUUGGUGAAGCUGAUGACAUGUAGGGGUAUUUUAAGUUCUACGAGAUUAACCAUAACUCGAAAAUGUUUAUUUCACUCUUGGAGAUGUGGAAAUCGAUCGAGCCCUGGGGGUUUAAGAGUCAAGAGCUUUGUGACGGGGCUGAGGUUCAGGACUAUUGAAGUGGUCAAAAACAGUAAUGUCGUAGACAAGGCUCAGAAGAAGUCCGAACUGAAGAGACUAUUCUCGCUGGCCAAACCAGAGAAAUGGAAACUCACUGGGGCCAUUGGUCUCUUAUUCGUCUCCUCGACAGUUACUAUGGCCAUGCCGUUCUGUCUAGGAAAGGUCAUUGACGUUAUUUAUACUGAGGAUCAGAAAGAGAUGAAAGAGAACUUGAAUAAGUUGAGUCUGGGACUCUUAACUGUCUUCAUUGUUGGGGGUAUUUGCAAUUUUGGGAGGAUUUAUUUCAUGAGCACUUCAGGACACAGGAUCACUCAGGCCCUCAGGAAGAAGGCUUAUUCGGCUAUUUUGAGCCAGGAAACUGCCAUGUUUGAUAAGGUCAGCACUGGAGAACUUGUGGGACGGUUAACAGGUGAUGCCCAACUAGUCUCCUCGGCGGUGACCAGCAACAUCUCAGACGGUCUCCGUUCCUCAAUAAUGACAGCAGCGGGAGUCUCCAUGAUGUUCUACGUCUCGCCUCAACUAGCCUUCGUUGGGCUAGCCAUGGUCCCCCCGAUCGUGGGCCUGGCAAUAGUCUAUGGUCGCUUCAUAAAAAAGAUCUCACGAGAAGUCCAGAACAGCCUGGCAGUCCUCAACACCACGGCUGAGGAGCGCAUCAGCAAUAUCAGAACGGUCAAGGCUUUCGCCCAAGAGACCACAGAAAUCAAGAGAUACAGUCAAAGACUCGAAGACUUGCUGUCCCUCUGCUACUCUGAGAGCUGGUACAGAGGAGUUUUCUUCGGACUCACUGGAUUUUCAGGCUACGUGAUCAUCCUCUCAGUUCUCUAUUACGGAGGGGUCAUGCUGGCGGACUCAGCUAUUACCGUGGGAAAUUUAUCAGCAUUUUUACUCUACGCCGGAUACACAGGAAUUUCCAUAAAUGGAAUUUCCAAUUUCUACACCGAACUAAACAAAGCGCUGGGCGCUAGCUCCAGACUGUUCGAGUUCAUCGAUCGUCAACCCAGAAUUCCCAUCAUCGGUGGAAUAAGGUUGGAUCAUUCUCUCUCUGGAGAGAUCUCCUUCAGUCACAUUGACUUCACAUACCCCACGAGGGAGAGCUGUUGGAUUCUCAAGGAUUUUUCUCUUCACCUGAAGAGCUCCUCGAUCAAUGCAAUCGUUGGGCCUUCGGGCUCUGGGAAGUCCACGAUUGCUCUUCUGCUCCUGAGGCUGUAUGACCCGAACUCGGGGAGGGUGAUGCUUGAUGGGCAUGACCUGAGGGAGUUGGAUCCUAUCUGGGUGAAGAGACAGAUCGGAUUUGUCUCCCAGGAGCCUGUGCUGUUCUCCGGGAGUAUUAGGGAGAAUAUCAGCUAUGGCAGGGAACAAGCCAGUGAGGAGGAGAUUAUCGAGGCUGCCAGGUUGGCUAAUGUUCUAGAGUUCACUCAAAGGAUGACGAAGGGAUUGGAUACUGUAGUGGGGGAAAGAGGGAUUACAUUGAGUGGCGGACAGAGGCAACGUGUUGCUAUUGCUCGAGCUCUUAUCAAGAACCCAAAAAUCCUGAUAUUAGAUGAAGCUACGAGUGCCCUGGAUGCAGAAAGUGAAAGCUACGUCCAAGAGGCUCUGGAGCGGGCGACACAAGGACGAACAGUUCUGACGAUAGCCCACAGGCUGAGCACAAUAAAAAAUGCUGAUAACAUUGCAGUUCUCAAUGAGGGGAAAGUUGCAGAGACGGGAACCUACAACGAGCUCAUGCAGAUAGAAGAUGGAAUUUUCAAACGGUUGGUGAAACACCAGACAUUCAGUUGAGAGUUUAAAUAUCUUCAUGACAUGUUAAAUAUUUAAGGUUGUUGGAGAAUUGUAAAUUUUGUUUAUAACUGGGGUGCGAGGUUCACACAGAGUUACUUAUUAAAAAUGAAAUUUAAUUGAAA